AUGUCUGACCUGAAAAACAUUGUACACAGAGCCCAUUGUAUUGAAAAACUACUGUCCAACAAGAAUUUCGAAGAUGUUGAGCAUCAUCUUAAAGAGCUUGAAGAUGUUGAUAUGACUGUAGGGUAUCUUCAGGGAACAGAAAUUGUCAAGGCUGUAUACCUAGUAGUCAAGAACUGCCCUCCAGUGGAGUUGAAAAAGAAAGCAAAGCAGUUAUUAUCAAGGUGGAAGGCACUUUACAAGAAUAACUGUGCUCAGUUAAUGCAAGUUAAAAAGUUGGUUUCUGUGUCCAUGAAAGAGGAAAUUGAACAUCUCAGUGUGGUUCCCAGAGAGCAGUCACUGUCUGAAAGACAGUGUGAACAGGAGGCAUUAGAUGCUACUAGUUCUAAAAUUUUGGUCCCCUUUCAAACUGUUAAAAAUGUGGUACAUAGCGAUGCAGAAAGGAGCAUGAAUCAGCUUUCUUCACUUGAGGAACGACACAUUGAUAGUGAAGAUUCUAAACCUCUUGUUAACGAAGCAAGUCUGCAGCAGGAUCCAAUGAGAGCUCUGAGGUGUAAAUGUACGGAUCUUCUUUACAAAGCUUUGGCUGAUAAUGCCAAAGAUGAACAAGAAACGGAUAAAUGGCUAGAGCUAUCUAAAGAAAUUGAAGAACACAUUUUUGCUCUUCAUGCUAAAAAUGACAAAAAGUAUAAAAACUGCAUCAGAAGCAAAAUCUCUAACCUGAAGAACCCUAAAAGUUGCCACUUAAAACAUAACCUUUUUUCAGGGACUUUGAGUCCAAAGGCUUUUGCUGAGAUGACAGUGAUGGAAAUGGCCAGCAAUGAACUGAAAGAGCUCAGGGCUUUGUACACAGAAUCAUCUGUUCGGGAACAUCAGCUCCCACAAGUUAUUAAUGGCACACAGACAAACAAAAUAAAGUGUAGGCGCUGUGAAAAAUUUGACUGCACCGUCACUAUGAUUGCCAGAGGAACUCUCUUUCUUCCAGGUUGGGUGCGAAACACAAAUCCAGAUGAACAAAUGUUAACUUAUGUUAUUUGUAAUGAAUGUGGAGAACAGUGGUAUCACAGCAGAUGGAUUUGUUUUUAACACUAUCCCUCCUUAAUAAGUGGUUUUAAAACAUAAGUAUGAGAAGGCAUUUGUGUUGAAAUUGUGUAAUUUAAAAUUUUGUAUUGAUUAUGUAGAUGCUGCCACUAAAAAGUGCAAAAUCAGUUUUUAAAAAUUGCUACAUUAUUUUGAAGAUGAAUAAAUCUAUGUUUUCAAGUCAUGUCAGUAUGUAAAGAAAUAAAAGUAAAAAGGGAAACAAUGGUAACACUA